AGACUGUCGAUUUAAAGCCAAGGGAAUCAGAUAAUUUUGUUGCAAGCAUGAAUAGCUGCAUGGAAGACAUUGAGAACAAAAUAAAAGGCAUUGCCAAGAGAAAUGGAUGGGAAGCUGUUCUUAAAGGACUACAGUAUGUGCCUGGUGACAGAAAACUUCAAGCCUACAGACAAAGAAUUGUCAUUUUGAAACAAGUUGCAGAAGAACAUAUCAAGCCUCAAGAUGAUAACAUCAAAGAUAAGAUUCUUCUUAUCUCCCUGGCAGAGCUAUUAUGCGUUUGCAGUAAUGCUCUGGAGCUGUAUGAUUUGGCAGAUAUUAAAGAAGUUCAGACGUUCCUACAAGAAGAAAGCAUGGACUUACCAAAUGAGUUUUUAAACAAGCUUUUGCAGAUGGAUCCCAGCUGCCCAGUGUCGAGAAACAAAAAUCUUCAAAAUCUUGAGAAAGUUCUCCUUGAGUAUUUGGUUGCCAAAGGCCCAUCUUCUCGGUGCAUCAUUUUUGUGCGUACCAGAGCUUUGGCAAGACUUCUUGCAGACUCGUUGAACUCCUGCAGUUCUUCCGUGCAUCAUCUGAAUGCUGCUGUGUUCACUGGGACUUCAACUGCUAAAGAGAGUGGCG